ACUGCAGAUUAGGGUUUCCUUUUGUCCCACCUUCUGCAGAAACAUGGCUGCUCCCAUUGCUCUCAGAAGAGAAUUAUUCUCUCUGGCAAGGAUACUCAGUGGAUUCUCACAUUUGGGACCGAGAGCUGCUGGCGCCUGUUCAGCUCACAAAACAUGUAACAUCAUCAGGUCCCAUCACCCAUUGACAUCCAGCACUUCCUUCCACACAUCAACAGUGUUUUCAUCGACACCUUCAUCAAUCACGGUCACAGAAGAGCCCGACGCGCUGUUUCAGAAGGUGUCCGUGUUGGUAAAAGGUCAUGACAGAGCCGUGUUGGACAGCUAUGAGUUCUUCGCCACCAUGACAGCGAAAGAGCUGGGCAUCCCCAUCAACAAAGUUUUUGAACCUCCCAAGGUGAUGGAGAGGAUGACACUCCUGAAGUCAGUUCACAUCUUCAAAAAACACAGGGUCCAGUAUGAGAUGAGGACACACUACCGUUGCAUUGAGCUGUCUCAUCUAACAGGCUGCACAGCACAGGUGUACCUUGAAUACAUCCAGAGGAACCUCCCUGAAGGUGUAGCCAUGAUGGUGACAAAGACCGCCAUGGAGAAGGUUCCAGAUCACAUCCUUGAGCCCAUGUGGGAGGACCAGCCCGCUGAAGACCAGCCCACUGAAGACAAGUCCACUGAAGACAAGUCCACUGAAGACAAGCCCAGCCAGUGAAGGCAGUGAUGAGCAACAGACAUCCUUAAACAUCAUUGAUUAUGUUGAAUGAAGAUGUGGAAAAACUACUGUAUUAACAUGUGGUUGAGAACUUAUUAAUAAUGUAAAUAUGUAGGAGUCUACAUUUACUGUCAAUCGUGAUUUCUGUGGCAAAACCGUGUGGCAUCAGUUGUAUUUUGUUUUGUUAUUUUCAAUAAAUAAAUUCUGCACAGUG